AUGGCCGGACGCGUGCGCCAGCCCAUUGAUCAAGGGGCUUUUGAAAAGUACCUCGUCGACAAUGUCCCCGCUGUCAAGACGCCAAUUGAGCUGAAGCAGUUUGGCUUUGGUCAGUCCAACCCGACAUACCAAGUCAUCGCCGCCGAUGGCCAGAAGUUCGUCAUGCGCAAGAAGCCCCCCGGCAAGCUCAUCUCCAAGACCGCCCACAAGGUCGAGCGCGAGUACCGCGUGCUCCACGCCCUCGAGAACACGGACGUGGCCGUGCCCAAGACGUACUGCCUCUGCGAGGACGACAGCGUGAUCGGGACGCCCUUUUACGUCAUGGAGUUUCUGGACGGGCGUAUCUUUGAGGACUUUACCAUGCCGGGCGUCGGCGCCGAGGAGAGGUCCCAGCUCUGGCAGGAGGCUGUCCGCACGCUGGCGCGCUUCCACGCCGUGGACUACAAAAAGGUCGGCCUGGAGAAGUUUGGCAAGCCGGUGGGGUUCUACAACCGGCAGAUCCAGACGUGGACGACCAUCUGCUCGAAUCAAGCCAAGGCGGUCGACAUUGAGACCAAGGAGCCUGUCGGGCAGCUCCCGCACUUUGAGGAGCUGGUGCGGUUCUUCAAGAACGAGAAGCUGCAGCCGCGGGAUCGAGCCACCCUCGUCCAUGGCGACUACAAGAUUGACAACCUGGUCUUUCACAAGACGGAGCCGCGCGUGAUUGGCAUCUUGGACUGGGAAAUGUCCACCGUCGGCCACCCGCUCUCCGACCUGUGCAACUUUAUGACCAACUUCUACUCCGCGCAGUACUCGGGCGCCACCCCCUACGACGCCUCGGGUUUCCUGCCCGGGCGCACGCCUGGCCUCCCGCAGCCCGACCAGAUCGUCGCGUGGUACCGCGAGGAAGCCGCCCGGGCGGCCGGCACGGGUGAGCGCUGGGACCCGACGCCCGACGAGCUGGGCUGGGGCAUGGCGUUCAACAUCUGGAAGCUCGCGGGCGUCUGCCAGGGCAUCGCGGCGCGAUACGCGGCGCGGCAGGCGAGCAGCGAGCAGGCCAAGCACCACGCGGUGACGAGGACGCCCAUGGCCAAGUUUGCCUGGGAGCUGGCGCAGAAGGCCAGGAAGGGGGAGAGCGCGCGACCACAAAUAUGGCUUCAUGUUGUUGUAGCGCAGCGCUUGACUUCAUGGCCCUCAGCUUUCAUUGUGCCAGAUGCCAAGCGCGUCGUGCUAGCUGCACCGACAGACGAGCGCCGUCCCUUGCUGAGCAGGCUGUACACGGAUCACGGCGAGAAUGGCGACCCCAUAUACAGCUGCAGGACGGACCCUCACAGCCACCUGCCCGUCUACACGACGAUUCACCGGAUACGACGCGACAUUGUCAGCGUCGUCGAGGACUAUCUCAGCCUGAAGCAGCUCACCGACGUCAGGAUCAACGUGACCGUGGUGAGGCCCCUCGUGGAUAAGUUCUACGAGCUGGACGACAUCUCCAUUGUGUACUGCCUGCUGGUCAACAGGGCCAACUUUCUCGACGAGCAGGCGCACCUCACCAACAGGCAGAAUGUGAACUGGACGCGCGCCACCCUGUGCGAGCUCAUCGCCAGCCGCAUCCUCCGACGCUUUAACGAAGACCACGAGGGGAGCGAGGGCCUUUUGCUCCUGGCACACAUCCUCGUGGCUGGAUUCGAACCCUUUCAGGGCGCACCCCCCUCUGUGCGCGAGGAGGCCGAGCGCAAGACGGCCUGGACGCACCAGAGGACGCUGCCGUCUCUCGAGGUGGCGAUCCUGACGGAGAGCAAGCACUUUCUCAGCUCGACCACGUGCCAAAAGGUCGUCAACGCCAUCUACGAGGGCCGGAUUGUGUACACGCCGUCGACCAUUUGGGAUAUCAUCCCCGAUCACUACAAGCUCAAACCCAUCUCGUUGUAUGAACCGCGGGACUCGCCACUCCUCAACCAGUACAGACUCAUCGUGCCUCGCACGCGGAAUAUCCUCGAGGCGAUGCAGUUUGCGAUCCUCCUGGGCUUGUAUGUUGGUGUCAUGGUAGCCCGAGACAAGUACGAGAUCACCCUCCUAGAGACUGUCUUUGCUGUGUACGCCUUCGGCUGGGGCCUGGACCAGUUUGCGACUCUUCUCGCACAUGGAUGGAACGUAUACACGCAAAACCUCUGGUCCUUUCUGGAUGUCGCGUUCAUCGUCAUCUACGUUGUAUAUCUCGUGCUGCGCUUCCAUGGGUGGCGCAUAGACGAGAUUGGCCCGGCCGAACAAGCAUUCGACGUGCUGGCCCUGGCGGCGCCGGUUGUCAUUCCCCGACUCGCCUUCACACUGCUAUCGGAUAACCUCAUAUUCCUGUCAUUGCGGUCGAUGAUGGCGGAUUUCUUUGCCCUCACCGCGCUGAGUGCCUGGUGCUUCUUUGGCUUUCUGCUUGCGCUCCUGUGGCUGGGCGAGGGCGCACAUCCUUUGGUGACGAUAUCGGAAUGGAUGAUAUACAUCUGGUUUGGAUUGGACGGCACUGGUAUCCGGCGCUCUUCUGAGUUCCACAAGAUCUUGGGACCGAGUCUCAUGGUGGCCUUUGCCUUCCUGGGCAACACCCUCUUCCUGACCAUUCUUGUAUCAAUGUUGUCGAAUACGUUCAGCAACAUAUCCUCCAACGCCGUCGCCGAGAUGCAGUUCCGCAAAGCCGUCCUCACCCUCGAAGGCGUCAAGGCCGAUGCCGUCUUUGCGUACCAGCCGCCCUUCAACAUCCUGGCCGUCUUUGUUCUCCUGCCACUCAAGUUUGUGGUCAGCCCGCGCUGGUUCCACAAGAUCCACGUAGCUACGGUCAAGGCUAUCAACCUCCCGGUGCUGCUGGUCAUUGCCGUGGCGGAGCGGCGUCUGCUGUGGCCCAGUCGAGGCAAGAGGGGUCCAUCUGACAAGUCCAUAUUCCGCAAGGUGUGGAACUUGUCCGGCAAGGAGAGUCUGAAAGCGGUCUUUCAGCUCGCGCCGCCAGAGGAUGUGUUUGAGGACAUUGCUGUGGACGACGACAUGACACGGCAUCUCAUCCGCCGACAGUUCACCCGCCAAACGACGAGCGAGUUCAGCAAGGGCGUGCCGACUUCGCAGCCCCCUUCUCGGCGAGACUCGACAUUUCCGGGGAUACGAAGGAAGCUUCGGGGCUCGUUUGCGGAGACGGAAGAUUUCGACGGGGUUGCCUCUCGGUUGGACGGCAUGGAGAAGUCCAUUGCUCGGAUGGAGGUGCUGAUAGCCAAGUUGCUCCCGCCAAGUGAGGUCGCAUCGGAUGAUCAUGACGACGGUUCAGCGGGCGAAGCAGGGUUCUCGGUGGAAGACUCGUUCAGGGGUGUCACCCAGACCGAGGAGGAUUGA